AUAUAAAGAGAGAUGCACUUCAGAUGGAGUAUGACAAAGCAGAGCGUGAAAAGCUAAACGACAAAGAGAAAGUCCAAGUGGAAGCUCCGAGUCGAUGAAGUAGUUUCUUUUGGUAAUAUCUCGGAUAGGAUCGCAAAGUCAAAGCGUUUUAUUGGCGGAUAAAUCCGGACGGCCAUUUCGUUGCCCGUUCUUGACGAAUAAGCCAAGUUUAUUUAGUUUUCCUGAUCUGCUGAUAGAAAAGUAGGAGGCGGGAAAGGAGGUUUGAGCUUCUUUUCCAACCGAGAAAAUCUCGGCAAGAGACAUGGCGACAGCAAAACUCCUCAACGCAACAGCAAUGAUGAUGACCACCGAUGUCUAUUACGAAGGCAUAAACGUUACUCUUUACGACGACGCUUCUGAGGUCGAUGAUCGUGGAGAGGGUCAUCUUUAUAGUGAUGAUGAUACUCUCUUCGCCAUGGUCAUCCUCUACUUCAAAAUUGUCAUCAACAUCGUGGGCAUGGUCGGCAACGUCGUGGUCAUUCUAUUGAUCACGCUAUGCCGCGAUCUCCACACCGCGGCCAACUACCACUUCCUUAAUAUGGCUGUGGCGGACUUCAUUCUCCUCCUCGAGAACAUUGUGAGGAGGAUCGGCAACCUCAUGGACGUCGAUGUCCUACAGUCAUGGAACUGCGUUCCAGUCUUUCUUCAUACGGUGGUUGUUCAGACGUCGUCGUUGACCUUAGCCGCCGUAUCCAUUGAUCGCUAUAAGCUCAUCGUCAGACCACUCAAGAACUUACAUGAAAGAUCAGCGCUUAGUGUCACCCUUUCGCUUGUUGCAGUAUGGAUUGUUUCGUUCGUUCUCCACAUCCCGAUUGCAGUCUUCACGGUCCAGACUGCUAGUUACUGCAAGACAGUAUUGCCAUGGGUCCAUGGAAAACUGGUCUUUGGUGUCUACAGCAACGUCGUCCUUUUCUACUUGCCCACGAGCAUCGUUCUCUUCUGCAAUCUGUGUAUCUUAGCCAAGAUCCGGCGAAAAAUGCCCGGCUUAAGAUUCCGUCUUCCCGCCUCGAAACCAAUGGAAACAUCCACCACCAGCAACGAGUGCGUUGACGAAAACUCAUCGAAGGACGCAACCAAUUAUCCUUCCGCCACCCAAUCGUCCCCUCAAUCGAAAACGAGGCAAGUUAGCCGCAGAGGACGCAGUGCGCGCAUCGUCAUGACAGUGAUGUUCGCGUACAUCGCAUUCAACCUCCCGUUUUACGGCUUCUACACCGUUGCUCUCAUUCCCGGUGCCAUGUCUUGGAAUGUUUAUUUAAAUGGUCACUUGUAUUUGGCUGUGCUAUUGCUAAUCAAUAGCGCCGUCAAUCCAUUCAUCUAUGCCUUGAUGGGUUCCAAAUAUCGAAAGCAUUUUCGACAGGUUGUGCGAUAUCUUUGCUGCUCAUUUAAGAUCUGCACCCCUUCUCCAGUCUCUGAAGUUCAUAACGACUAAAGAGGAUCGAUUGUGACAAGAAGCAGGGGUGACCAGGGUCCCGUAACACAAAGGUUAGCGAGUAAUCGUACGCCUGAUUUUUACGAUUGAUUGUACAUUAUAGUUAAUGCAAUCAAUCGUAAAAAAAAUGUUCUACGUUCAUUGCUAAGCUUUAUGUAACGGGCCCCAGGGGUUGGCAUACAUGACACGCCAGGGGCCCUGUUACAGAAAGAGGUGUUAUCAACCGAAACUCCCACAAUCAAUCGUAACUUGAUUGUCAGUCAAUGAAACGCGCAGGGGCGGCGGAACCGGAAGGCAGUGGUCACUUGCCCCUCCCCCCCC